UUUUGUUUUCCAGUUCAAUUUUUCUUUACAUUAAGCUGUACUGCGUUCAGUUGUUCAUGCUGAGACAUCUAAUACUUUAAUUGACUCGUUUCUGUUGUUAAGGGUUAAAGUUUGCUUGAUUUAGUUGUCCUUGACUAUCAUGCUGCACUAUUUGCAUAUAUAAAUCAGGUUUUAUGACAACUAACAAACAAAAAUCUAUUUCAGAAGUUCUACAGUAAACCUACAGUAAGGGCAAUGUCUGCAGAAAUACCUCAAAACCAAACUGUGAUAGAAAACAGCAGCUCAGGUCAACAAACAGACCCUUCGGCAAAAGUUCAGACCAUGUGUCCUAUUGUCCAGCAGCAUAGAGAAAACAUGCAGAGUGACCGGCAGCAUCAGAUGAAUGAAUCUGACCCCAGUAACCCAUCUCAGUCAUUGAGUCAGGAGAUAUUUGAGCAGGUGUCUGAUGUAGGUACCUCUCAACAUACCCAACAUUUAAUGUCUCAGAGAUUUCCCAAAGAGAGUCGAGGUCAAGAUGAGCUGCUUCUUCAGCUUCAGGUGAAACAGUUGCAGAAGGUUUUACAGGAACAGAAUGCGUUGCUUUCUCUCAUCAGUCCAGGGCUGAUUUUAUCUCCCACAUUCUUAGCGCAUCUGCAAGCCCAGACACCUUCAGGCUUUCCACAAACUGCUCCUGUCAACCUUACCGAGAAUUCGCCUGCUUUAAAGGAAAACUUAACCAAACCCACAUUGUCUAGUAAGGUUGAGAAUGGGCCUGAAGGCACUGAUGUUACUGUCAACAGAACACAAUCGAUAGAGCCCAGAAUCUUAUCACCAAUUAAAGAAGAACGGUCAGAGCUUGGCGUAGACAACUGUUUCUGUAGCCCAUUUGGAUCCAGACGAAAUGUCCUGGCAAACCCAGAGGAAAGGCCUAUUUGCCCAGGACUUAAAGAGAAGCAAAAAACGUUUGAAGAGUUUGUUGAGGAACAUCUCAAAGUACAUCAGCCUGUUCUCCAACAGGACGAUCAGACUUGUAGACAAAUCACACAAGCACAAAAGAAGGAUUUCCUUCGUAAAGGAGAAGGAAUGUCUAGGAUUGUGAAGGGUAAGGAUGGCUCACAGAUAAUCCAAAGGAGAAAUUCUCUUAGUCCACAAUUCAUGAAUCUGAAGUCCAUGCCUCAGAAGAUAUCCUCUGUUGAACUUCAUCAAAAUGGAAAAAAGAAUGAGAUGCCAAAUAUCAGCUGUACCAGAAGAUAUUCACUCCCAAAUGUAAAGGACUUGGGUAACCUUGGUGACCGGAAAUGUGACCUUGAAGAUUUUCAGAGGAAGCCCAUUGAUCCACAAGAUGACCAUUUGCAGAAACAGGCUUACAAACCUCUGACGUCUAGCCUUGUUGACAAGACAAACUCGCUCAAAAAUAAGCAUAGUUCUGAAGAACAGGGUAAAACCAACAAAGCUAUGUCCCAAAAAAGUGGAUUAAAUAAACCAAGCUGUCCUAGAGAUGUCCGGAAAGUGGACUCCUUUAAUGAAAAUGUUGGCUUUAAAAAAAUUAAUGACCACAUUGUCAAAGUCAAAGAAAAAAGUGACCCAGCUACAAGCCGUUUGCAUGGCCGAAGCGAAUUUAACAAAGAGUUGGGUUUAAGCAAUGAGGUAAUGGAGUCUCUGGCUCUUAGUGAUUCCAAUGACAGCACAAGCAGUGAGGAUGGACCCAUUUCUCAAUCUCACAGACCAUUGCCUCAUUUUCCCUCAAGGCACACAGAUUAUAAAGAUCAAAGUUUAGAUCUGUCAGACGAUGACUAUGCAAGCGAUGCCCCGAGUGAGACUGAGAUAGUUAAUGAAAAACAUCGUUCCUCAACUCCUACCUCCAGUUCUUCAAGCUCCAGUAGUGACUCAGAACUUCAAAGCUUACAGGUGCCAAUGACAAACCAUUUCAAGAAAACAGAAGAUCAACACGUUCAACCUGAGGGAAAAUGGCCAGGAGAUACUGUCUGUGAUUUCAGACCACCUUCAAGACUCACGAAGGAGACAGGGCAGCAUGACUUUAAUGAUGGAGAUAACCACACACCUGUCAGAAGACAUAAAGAAGACCCAUCUGAAAUUUGUAAGACUCAGGAUCUGAAGCAGCAGAUCUUCUCUCUAAAGCAGAAGUUGAUGGAGAGGGAGGUUCAUUGGUCUCAGGUCCACAAUCUCCUGCAGAACCGUGUGGAAGCCCUCACCAAAGAGAACCAGGAGCUUAGCAAACUCAGUGGGAAUGGAAGAUCUCAACUUGGAUCAUACAAUACAGGUAAUACGAGCAGAGAGGACAUGCAGAGAAACUCUGGAGUCAGAAGUGCAACUCCUGCGUUUACCAAACCCUCUGUCCACAAGAAGGAAACACAAAGAGGACACCUGGCCAACGAACACACAGCCAUCUCUUUGAGAAAGAGUUCUGCAUGUUCACUUGAUGUUGGGAAUCUUGAUAGUAAUGCCAUGAUAACCCAAGGCAGACAGGGAAGUUUGUUUCAGCGCAAUAUUGACUGCAGUGAUGCACAAAUGACAUCUCAAUCCAGAAAAGAUCAAGUGAAAGAAGAGAUACGCUAUCCAGAUGGAAGGGUAGAGCGUCUUUUCUUGAACGGAUGUCGCGUAAUCACAUUUCGCAAUGGAACGAAGAAGGAGAUUGGUGUUGACAGGUCUAUCACAGUUACCUUCUUUAAUGGAGAUGUUAAACAUAUACUGGCUGACGGGACUGUGAUAUACUAUUAUUGUGAUGCUCAAACGACACAUUCAACUUAUCCAUCUGGUUUGGAGGUUCUGCAGUUUCCAAACAACCAAAGAGAAAAACGCUAUCCUGAUGGUAAAAGAGAAAUAGCCUUUCCUGAUGGCACAGUCAAGAUACUCUACCCGGAUGGUCGAGAGGAAAGCAUUUUUUCGGAUGGAACGGUCGUCCGGAUAUCAAAUCACUGUGAAAAGAUAGUGGAGUUUACUAAUGGCCAAAGGGAGAUCCAUACUGCGCAGUAUAAGCGGAGAAUGUACCCAGAUGGGACGAUUAAAACUGUCUACACAAACGGGAGGCAGGAGACCAAGUUCUCAUCCGGGAGGGUUCGCAUAAAGAACGAUGAAGGCAUCGUUAUAAUGGACAAGAAAUAAAUCCCUUUUCAUUUAAUUAUUUGAUUUUUUUUAUUGUUAAAGACAUUUCACAAGACUUUUUUAAGAUGUCAAAUAAAUCUUUGGUGUCCCCAGAGUACACAUGUGAAGUUUUAGCUCAAAAUAUCAUAUAGAUAAUUUAUUAUAACAUGUUAAAAUUGCCACUUUAUAGGUGUGAGCAAAAAUGUACAGUUUUUGGGUGUGUCCUUUUAAAUGCAAAUGAGCUGAUCUCUGCACCAAAUGGCAGUGCUGUGGUUGGAUAGUGCAGAUUAAGGUUAUCCCCUUCUGACAUCACAAGAGGAGCCAAAUUUCAAUGACCUAUUUUUUCACAUGCUUGCAGAGAAUGGUUUAACAAAACUAAGUUACUGGGUUGAUCUUUUUCACAUUUUCUAGGUUGAUAAAAGCACUGGAGACCCAACUAUAGCACUGACUUAAACAUUGGAAAAAGUCAGAUUUUCAUGAUAUGUCCCCUUUGAUAUAAUGUUGGUGUAAAAAUAGACACAAAGCCAUAAUCUGCGUCAUAAUGGCUCAUUGGGUAGCACUGUUGGCUCACUGCAAGACAACCCUCUGUUUGAGCCCUGCUGGGUCAGGUGGCCUUUCUGUAGAUUUUGCAUUUUUUUCCCUGUAUCACUGUGGAUUUACUCUGUGUACUCCAUUUUCCUCCCACAGUCCAAAGAUAUUCCCAUGUAAAAAAGUAAAACACUUCCAUAAUGUACUUAACUCUUUUCCCACCAGCAGUUUUUAAAAAGUUGCCAGCCAGCGCCAGCAUUUUUCAUGAUUUUCACAAAAGUUUAAUGUCUUACAGAAAAUGUUCUUCUUUAAAUAUAUAAACAUACAAUAUAAAUAAAGGAACCCUCUGUUUAAAAAAAAAACUUUCAUCCUACCUUGAUUAGUUAUCUUCUUAUCACCUCUCACAUAUGGGUAGGUUUCUUCAAAAACACAAAAUUUUGAGCAAAAAGCUGAGAUAAUAAAUUUUUUGUGAAGAACUUUUGAUAGAGAUCCUAUUCAGAGUGAUCCUCAAAACAUACACAGAGUUCUUUCUCUUUCACGUGAGGCAUUACUUCCGGGUUGUAUAAGUUGUGGAAAGACAGAAAUUUAGAUAAUCUUAAAAACAUCUAAGUGUACUAUUUUGUUGUGCUAUUUUGAGACACAGUGAAUAAAAUGUGCUAAAAAUGUAUAAAUGUAUUUACGUACCACUUGUAGCAAACUUGAACAUCUCUUUGUAUAAAAUAUGGGUUCAAGUUUACCACAAGUGGGAACUAAAUAUAUUUUUAAUACAUAGACAGUAUGUUAAAAGUACAUUUUAGUUCACAUUCAUGGUAGCUCAAAGUAGCAAGGAUUAUCUAAAUUUUUAGUAUAUUAAGUAGGGAUGCACUGCUAGGAUUUUUUUGGGCCGAUACCGUUUUAAACAGACAACUUCUGGCCGAUACCGAUAUUAAACACUUGUAUACAAUACUAUACAGUUGGUCUAUUAGCUAGUUUAUUUCUGCAUCAAAUUAUUUUUACUGAACAUGCAUGGAUUAGAUCUAAUUAACAUUCAACUGACCAACAUAAUAAGAGAGGCACAAAUUAAGCUAAAACAAAUAUAAUAAGACAGGAUGACAACCUUCAAAGGUGGUUUUUGCUAUUCAGCAUUUCUUUUAUUAACAACAUUAACUCAUUUUUUACAUAUAAUGGAUUUCUUUAAUAAACCAUAAAUAAUGCCAGUGCUAUUGCUUUAAACAGAGUAUAAAUAUUGCUACUUCAAAAAAAGAUGGACUUCUUUUCCCCUACUAAAAUGCAGUCUGUUUCUUUUAUUGUCCAAGACAUUUGAGCUAGCUCAACAAAGGUUUUCUGUCGGUGCUUAAGUAUAGUGCACACCAGAACAUGAAAUCAUUUUAAUAGAACAACAGACAUGCAACUCAUUGCCUUUAUGUGGUUAAUUAAUAAACAAUCGGUAUCGGCCGUUCUCGUCUUAUUGCCGAUAUGCCGAUGGUUUCAAAUUCAUCAAAAAUCGGCCGAUAAAUAUCGGCGGCCGAUACAUCGGUGCAUCACUAAUAUUAAGUAUAAGAUUAGUGUGUGAAAAUAGAGCACAUUAAGUACAUUAAGGAAGUGUACUUCUUUAUCACCUGGGCAUGUAAGUUGUGUAAACUGGAGAUGCCAAAUUGCCCUUGCCCCAAUAGAUCAACUGCUUGAAUGGCAUUACGAAAUAAAUAAAUAACAAACCAUGAUCAUGUGCAAUUUAAAUGUUUUAUUUUGAUUUAAAUUGGCCUGUAUUGCUUCACCUUCAGUUACCAA